AUGCCGUACGUCGCAGACACCAUCUUGAACCUUUAUGCAAAGGUCCAGGACCUCCUCGAUAGGUCAAAGAGAUCAUGGCUUGCAGCGCGCGAGGCAUGGAAUGAGGAGUCGCCUUCCAGGAUUGCGACACCUGCGACUGCUACGGAGGUACCGGUACCCAAGAAAGGGACCACAAGGGGGGAAAAGAAGCAGCCCAAGAGUAGCAGCUCGUGCCAUCAGCUUGGGCCGUUGACCGGUAUUUUUAUCAAACCUGCUGCGGAGGCUGUGACCAGAGCUCAACAUGUCGCUGGCGCGUCCAGCGAUGGCUCUCGGUUGAUUAUCUGGGCCGAUGCUUCGAGGAAAAAAGUCUCUACAGGCUUUGCCGUGGCAUUUCUUACUGGCUCUAACUGGGUGCGCAUCUCCGCAAAGGGACACACAACUCCUACGGAAGUUGCAGAACUUGAGGCUAUUUGUCUCGCGCUGGAUUAUGCAGUGCAAGUCACUAAAAUGCAGAAGGAAAACAUCAAUCUUUUACAAUCUCUCGAAGUGUUCACCGACAGUCAAUCCGCCUUGAAUCUCCUAAGGAUGAAGAAUAGACUCAUGGUUACCACUGGACCUCACGGCAAUGCACAGGGCAGCAAUCCUCACACGAAAAAGGGGAUCAGAAAACGAACAGUAGAGAAAGUCUGCGUCAAAAUAGAUGAACUUCAAGAAGCUGGAGUGAUGAUCGAGCUGCACUGGGUCCCACGGGGCAAAGUCACAGGCAAUGUCAUUGCUGAUAAAGGGGCAGCGAUGGCAAGAAUGGGAUUGACAUCUGGGUAUACCUCCACCGACGUUCUUGUCGAGUUUCUGCCUGUAGAUGAACAGCAACUCGACAUUGAACGUGGUAUGAUUGUACGUUUCAAGCGAACGUCGGUUCCGCGUACACGAUUGGCACAAAAAGUUGCUGAGAUCCUCAGUUCGAACAAGGCCACCGACACUGGCAAGAACGAGCCAGCACAGGCAUCUGAUGUGCAGCAAACCAAGCAAGAACUUAAUCAUGAUAAUUGA